AUGUCUGAUGAAGUGACCUAUGCAACGCUUAUGCUUCAGGACUCCGCGAGAGUGGGCAGUCAUCAGGAUGGAAAUAACCUAAGAAGAGAAGGACACCCAGCUCAAUUCUCUAUUUGGCGAGGAGCUGCCUUGAGCCUGAUGACACUCUGCCUGUUGCUGGUGACGGGACUGGUGAUCUUGGGGAUUAUGUUUUUGCAGAUGUCUAAUGAUAUUAACUCAGGUUCAGAGAAGUUAAGUCAACUUCAGAAAAUCAUCCACCCACAGCAGAACAAUCUGUCUGAGCCACUGAACAUCUCUAUGAAGAAUCCCACAGAGAAAUCUCUCCAGUCCCAGAUCUCUGCCCUCCUAGAGAGGCAGGGACAGAUGGCUACCAAGCUCUGCAAGGAAUUCCUCAUCCACACUUCUGACCAUAAGUGCAAUCCUUGUCCUAAGACAUGGCAAUGGCAUGGAAACAGUUGCUACUAUUUCACAAUUCAUGAGGAGAAAUCCUGGAGUGACAGCAGAAAGGACUGUACAGACAAGAAUGCCACUCUGGUGAAGAUUGACAGCAUCAAAGAAAGGGAUUUUCUUCAGACACAGCCAUCACUCACUCUCUCGUUCUUCUGGCUGGGAUUGUCCUGGAACUCAACUGGCAGGCACUGGUUAUGGGAAGAUGGAUCAUCUCCCUCUCCAACCCUAUUUAGUGAUCAGGAGCACUCCAGGUUCAAUGGAUCCAGAGGUUGUGCUUACUUUGAAAGAGGGAAUGUUUAUGUCUCACGCUGUAGUGCUGAAAUUUAUUGGAUUUGUGAGAAGACAGCUUCCCUGGUGAAGACUGAAGACUUGGAUUGA